AUGGGGUCUACAGCUGUGAGGGCUGCAAGGGCUUCUUUAAGAGAACAGUUCGGAAGGACCUUACAUAUACCUGCAGGGACAACAAGGACUGCCUGA